AUGCCUUCCUACAUUGUUACGUGCAAGCAGGAUGCGACCGACGACCAGGUCAAGUCCGUGAAGGAGCACGCCGCGAACCAGGGCGGCAAGAUCACGCACGAGUACAACCUGAUCAAGGGUUUCGCUGUCAUAUUUGACGAAGACGCUGUUCAGACCCUUGAGGCACACGAGCACGUCGAACAGGUCGAGGUGGAUGGCGAGAUGAAGAUUCAGUAG